AUGCUCGCCACAACCCUAGCUCGACUUCUGGCGGUGGCCACCCUCGUAACCGCCAGCCCAAUACCACGAUCCGUCAAGCCCAUCUGCGCUCAGAACCUCGUCACCAUCGCGCCAGACACGGCAUCAUGUGAAGGCGCGGCCUAUCCCGAUGAGUGUCGGACCGCGCCCGUUGCAGCACCCAGCAUCGCCAAAUCUUUCGAGACAUUCAACCUCCACAGCUUCGGUGCACAGGCUGCGGCCGUCGCUAUACAGCUCUUCGAGAGUGGAGACUUCAAGUACAACAAGAACCACUUCCCUGCGCCUGGACGUUCUGGUCAGGGCACGCGGAACAUGCAAUCUCCUGCCUUCAACGAGAAGUAUGCCGAGUACCUUACUUCCGUGCCAGACAGCGGCAUCAGUCAAGCACAGUUCGAGGCUGCCAAAGCGGAGGGUGCGGCUGCUGUCCUGGAGCUGGUCAACACAGACCGAUGGUCCUUUGGCUCAGCGGCUUGGUUCAUCGACACCCAGUGCAGCGAUGCUGUCAAGCAAGGCCUCGAUGCCGGCACUGUGGCAGGCUUCUCGACCUACAUCACGGAAUGUGUGGGGACUACACUCACAGAUGACCGAACUGCAGGCUGGCAGAAGGUCGUGGCGCUGGGCAGGUGGUAG